AUGAGGAACAGGGAGGAAUGGGAGGAAGGAAGGGAAGAAAGAAAGGAGGAGGAGGAGGAGGAGACGGAGGAGGAUAUUCUUGAUGACGAGGACAAGUCUGCGCACCUGCUGGAAGGAGGAGGAAGACCUCCUAAUCCUUCAUUUUCGGCCGACAAAUGCAUCAAGGCUGCUGUGGCUAUGAGCGCCUUUAAAGUAUCAGUGUUUCCUGCCCAACGGACGGAAGUCACGGAGUCGGCGGAUGAGAGACUAGCAGUCCUUGCCUUUUCCACUGAGAAGACGCUACUUCCAUCUCUGAGUGGGCAGAGUUGUUGCGUGUCCUCCUUAACCCACUUUCAGCCUCCUCUCACCUCCUCCUCCUCUUCCUCCUUCUCCCGUUGGUGCUACUGCUGA